AUGAUAUUGACCAAUAUUGACACUACAGAAAGUGUACAAGGAAAAAAAGAAAAGCUAGGAAAUAUUGAAAUUACAUUUAUAAAUGAAACAAAAUCAACAAAAUGGAUCACUGCAGCGAAAAAUUCUAAGUUAUAUGCUCAUCAUAACGUGGAUAAUUUGACGGAGGCGAUAGGGAAACAGAUUAUUUACUUACGUAAAGCUUUAUCAAAUUGUAACAGGAAAUUACUAUGGGAAGCGAGACAAAAGCUUAAACCAAGCUACAAGUCCGUAUGGUAUAAACGAGGUAUCACCCAAGCACGACAAGAAGAACAAAGUGACAUCAUCAUAAUCCGUCGCGAAGAAGAUAUCGUCAGACUACUUAGAGCCUAA